UCGUAUAACAGUUGGUCUGUUUGUGAAUGCCACAGGAACUGACAAGUUUGUUCCAAUUGUCAUUGGCAAUGCAAAGUCUCCUCAUUGCUUUGGACGGUGGAAGCCUGCUGAUAUUGAUGUGCAAUAUUACAGUAACAAGACUGCAUGGAUAAAUGGACAAGUAUUUGUUGCAGUCAUACACUCAUUUAUCUUGCAUAUUGCAGCAAGAGCCAAUGCAUCCACAUGUAACUCCAAAACUUACCUUGUGAUGGAUAAUGCCACGUCCUACAUCUUACCUCAUGAUGCAGCUCCAUGGCAAAGUGGACAGUUGAAAGUGUUCACUCUUGGUAACCGUGUAGUCAUUUUCCUGCCUGCCAAUACCACAUCCACUGAACAACCUCUUGAUUCUGGCAUUAUCAAAGCCUUUAAAGCAGCUUUUCGAAGGAGGCACAUCUCCUGGAUUGUAGAGCAGCUUGAAUUAGAUGAUACUGACGACGUCAGUAAAAUCAAGCCCAACAUGAAGCAAGCUAUUGAAUGGGUCAGCUACGCCUUGAAAGAGGUUAAAGUAGAAACAGUGGUCAACUGCUGGAGGAAAGCGGGCAUAUUGCCACCAAGAGAGACGGAGAUGGAUGAAAUUGACACUGGCAUUUCUACAGAAGAUACAGAGCUUUUAGAGGAGUUAUCAACAGUUGUGAAUCAAAUGGCUAAAACUGUCAAUGUUGCUGGUGAGUCAUUUUUGAGCCCUGAUAAGUUGCUAGAUUUGCCAAUUGAAAGAGAAAUAGAAGACAACCCUAUUGACGAUGCAUUACACGAAGUACAACAAGACCCAGAUGUUGAUGUGGUUGAGGAGAUUGAGGAAGACCCAGUAGACAACAUUGAACCUCCUAUAAUCACUCUUCGAGAUGCCCGUUGCCAUACCAUAUUCGAGCCGUUUCCACUUUCCUAUCUCAGAACUUAACUAUACUAAAGAACAAGGAACUUCUGCAGGCAGCUGAUGGAAUCAAGUCUUCAUUAGACAGAAUAGUUACUUCUGUUCAUCAUCGACAAGCGACCUUGAACCAGUGGAUCGAUGACUAGUGUACUGUGAUUAAUGAGGCUAAACAGUUGGAACAUUUAAAUGUCACUAAGCAUAGUUUAAAGUAAGAACUUGUGCACAGACAGUGGUUCAGAUUGCAUUACCUUUAUAACAAUAUUACCCUUAUAAGGAUAUGCUAGCGUGAAACGGAGAUAUCAUUAUAGGUGUAGGGUGACUGUACUUAGCACCUUCAUACAUAUCACGUAACAAUGUAUAACGUAGCAAUCUAUUGUGAGUUGCUGGUUGACCAUCAUUUUUAUGGACUUUACUGCCUGUACCGAUCUCAUUGGUCUCUGCCAUCAGCUCCAGACAAA